UGGAAACGACAAUGCCAGCAGGACUAUGUCUCCAGCUGCUGAACGCCUCCGGUAUAUCCUGGGUGAAGAUGACGAACCCCCCAACCCCACCCUGUUCACUGAGAUGGACACGCUCCAGCAUGAUGGAGAAGAAAUGGAGUGGAAGGAAUCAGCCAGGUGGAUUAAGUUUGAAGAGAAGGUAGAAGAAGGAGGGGAGAGAUGGAGCAAACCACAUGUGUCAACCUUAUCUUUGCAUAGCCUGUUUGAGCUACGCACUUGCCUGCAGACGGGUACCGUGAUGCUCGAUCUAGAUGGCUACUCCUUGCCGCAAAUAAUAGAUGAUGUCAUUGAGAAGCAAAUAGAAGACGGCCUGCUGAAACCAGAACUGCGUGAGAAAAUAAGCUACGUGCUCCUGAGGAAACACCGUCACCAGACCAAGAAACCCAUCCACCGAUCACUGGCAGAUAUUGGCAAAUCUGUCUCAAACACAAAUCGUAGCCCUGUCCGGAGUCCAGCUGCAGGGGCCAGCUUUCAUCGUUCAUCAGAAGAUCUCAGAAUGAGGCAGAGCGCAAGUUAUGGGCGAUUACGCCAUGCACAAAGCAGAAGCAUGAACGACAUCACAGAUACACCAAGCACAGAUCAGCUCAAAAACAAAUUCAUUAAGAAGAUCCCCAAAGAUGCUGAGGCCUCCAAUGUCCUUGUGGGAGAAGUGGACUUCCUGGACAAGCCGUUUGUAGCGUUUGUCCGGCUCAUUCAGUCAACCAUGCUGGGUGGAGUGACAGAAGUGCCUGUCCCAACGAGAUUCCUCUUUAUCCUCCUGGGUCCCACUGGAAAGGCAAAAUCCUACAAUGAAAUUGGUAGAGCCAUCGCCACCCUCAUGGUAGAUGAUCUGUUCAGCGAUGUCGCCUACAAAGCUAGAGACAGAGAUGACCUGAUAGCUGGAAUAGAUGAGUUUCUGGAUGAGGUCAUUGUUCUGCCGCCUGGAGAGUGGGACCCAAACAUUAGAAUAGAGCCACCCAAGAAAGUGCCCUCUGCUGAGAAGAGAAAAUCUGUGUUUUCACUGAGUGAGGCUGGACAAAUGAACGGCACAGCCGGAGGAGCAGGAGGCGGAGGGGGCGGAGGGGGCGGUGGAGGGGGAGGCAGCGAAGAUGAAGAGAUGCCCACUGUGCAUGAGAUUGGGGAGGAGCUGAUCUGGACUGGAAGGUUCUGUGGGGGCCUGUAUUUGGAUAUCAAGAGGAAGCUGCCCUGGUUUCCCAGUGAUUUCUAUGAGGGCUUUCACAUUCAGUCCAUCUCUGCCAUCCUCUUCAUCUACCUUGGCUGCAUCACAAAUGCCAUUACGUUUGGCGGGCUGCUGGGAGAUGCUACAGAAAACUACCAGGGAGUCAUGGAGAGCUUUCUUGGCACAGCAAUGGCAGGGUCCGUGUUCUGCUUCUUUGCUGGGCAGCCCCUCAUUAUCCUGAGCAGCACAGGACCCAUCCUGAUCUUUGAAAAACUUCUCUACGAUUUCAGCAAAGGCAAUGGCAUUGACUACAUGGAGUUUCGCCUCUGGAUCGGCUUGCACUCUGCUCUCCAGUGCCUUAUCCUGGUGGCUACAGAUGCCAGCUUCAUUAUAAAAUACAUCACACGGUUCACUGAGGAAGGCUUCUCCACUCUCAUUAGCUUCAUCUUCAUCUACGAUGCCAUCAAGAAGAUGAUUGGAGCCUUCAAGUACUACCCCAUCAAUGCAGGCUUCAAGCCAGACUACGUGACAAUGUAUAAGUGCGAGUGCAUUGCUCCAGACCCAGUGAAUACAACAUUGUUCAAUGCUUCAGUUCCACUGGCCCCAAACAACACUAACAUUUCUGUGUACAAUCCUAUUAAUGUAACAGCUCUGGACUGGACCCAGCUGAGCAAAAAGGAAUGUCUGAAAUAUGGAGGAAGUCUGGUGGGGAAGUCCUGUAAAUUCGUCCCUGACUUGGCCCUCAUGUCUUUCAUUCUCUUCUUUGGGACUUAUUCCAUGACUUUGACUCUGAAAAAAUUCAAGUUCAGUCGCUACUUUCCUACAAAGCUCCGAAAGCUUAUUAGUGAUUUCUCUAUCUUCAUGUCCAUACUAAUGUUUGUUGGUCUUGAUUGUCUUUUUGGACUGAAUACUCCAAAACUACAAGUGCCUACAGAUUUUAAGCCCACUCGCUUAGACCGUGGAUGGUUUGUGUUCCCAUUUGGCAAGAAUCCCUGGUGGAUCUACUUGGCCAGCGCGCUCCCUGCUCUCUUGGUCACCAUCCUGAUCUUCAUGGACCAGCAAAUUACAGCAGUCAUAGUGAACAGGAAGGAGCACAAGCUCAGGAAAGCUGCUGGCUAUCACCUGGACCUCUUUUGGGUGGGCGUCCUUAUGGCGAUCUGUUCAUUCAUGGGGCUACCAUGGUAUGUAGCAGCCACAGUCAUUUCCAUCGCACACAUUGACAGCUUAAAGAUGGAGACAGAGACCAGUGCACCAGGAGAGCAGCCUCAGUUCCUGGGAGUGAGGGAGCAGAGAGUCACGGGAAUCGUUGUCUUUGUUCUGACUGGGAUAUCUGUCUUCCUGGCUCCUAUUCUAAAGUACAUCCCAAUGCCUGUGCUCUAUGGAGUCUUCCUCUACAUGGGAGUGGCCUCGCUAAAUGGCAUCCAGUUUUGGGAUCGCUGCAAGCUCUUCCUGAUGCCAGCCAAACACCAGCCUGAUUACGUCUACCUAAGGCAUGUCCCCCUCCGGCGAAUCCACCUGUUCACCAUGGUUCAGAUUGUCUGCCUGGCUGUUCUCUGGAUCCUGAAAUCCACUGUGGCAGCCAUAAUCUUCCCUGUGAUGAUUUUAGCCUUGAUUUUAGUCCGGAAGAUGCUAGACCUUGUCUUUUCCCAACAUGACCUCGCAUGGAUUGAUAACAUCAUCCCUGAAAAGGAUAAGAAGAAGGAGGAGGACAAGAAGAAGAAAAAGAAGAAAGGCAACAAAGGGGAGGAUGAUAGCAGUGACGAGGUGUGUCCGUGACGCUUGGGGGCAGUGUGGUGGGACAUGUUUCUUUCUUGCCAGCCAGACCCAUUUAAUCCAUGGGUAGGCAACCUAAGGCCCGGGGGCCAGAUCUGGCCCAAUUGCCUUCUAAAUCCGGCCCACGGACAGUCCAGGAAUCAGCGUGUUCUUACAU